UUUUUUUUUUUUUUUUUUGGUUUUUCGAGACAGGGUUUCUCUGUGUAGCCCUGGCUGUCCUGGAACUCACUCUGUAGACCAGGCUAGCCUCGAACUCAGAAAUCCGCCUGCCUCUGUCUCCCAAAUGCUGGGAUUAAAGGUGUGCGCCACCAUGCCUGGCUCAAGACCCAAGUUCUUAAAGGAGUGCCACAAGCUGGUAACUAACCUCUGGGGUCCUCUGAGACCCAAGCUGUGGCAGGUGGGUCUCCAAAAGGAGAGUGACUACAGUAGUUGUGACUUGUUUAGUUGAUGGUUACACAGUGCACACUGUAAUAAAGUGUCAGUGUUACCUGUGAAUAUGUAAGAAGACAUAAUGGGGGGAGACAGACAGACAGACAGACAGGCAGGCAGACACUGAGACUGUCUAGACCCUUGACUUCAGCCCCAGGAGAGAACACAGAAAGUCAGAGGCACAAGGAUGUGUGUAUGCUGACUGCGUGUGGUGGUGUGGACUGUAUCAUUGUCUUUUUGGUUUCCUAAGACAGUCUUAUGUGGUCUAGGCUGGCCUGGAACUCAGUUUGUAGCUGAUCAACCCUUGAUCCUCCUGCCUCUGCCUCCCGAGCGCUGGGGUUACAGACAUGCGCCACUAUCCCCAGCUCACAGUUUUCCCUUGAAGCACUAGGUCUGAGGGUUUAUGAGGCCCUGAAGUAAGAGAAGAGUCUUUCUGAAAGUUAGAGCCAGAGGUCAGGGCCAGAGAUAGAGACUUACAAGAGUCACUUAGUAAUUAGAACGUGUGUUCAGCUAGGUGUGGUGGGCCUCUGUGAGUUUAAGGCCAGCCUGAUCUACAUAGUGAGUUCCAGGCCAGCCAGGGAUAUAUAGUGAGACUCUGUCUCAAAAAUAAAUAGAUUGUUGUGGGGCUAGGAAUUGAACCUAGGGCCUCGAGGCCUAGGCAAGUGCUCUGCUACUGAGCCGCGUUCUCAAACCAUGCAGGUAGUUUUAGUGUUGUGAAGAGUUACGUUCUUGAUUGUGUAAUCUUGAGUGCUCAUUUGUUUUGAUAAGCAUUUCAGUUGGGAAAAUAUGACGACUUUCUCAGAUUUUAUUUCAUUACUUAUAUUGAAUGUUUUUCUAUUUUCCUUUGAAUAUUCCAAGUUUAAUACAAAAAGGAAAAAACAUUUACUUGCUAUUUAGUAACCGAGUACAACGAUCCUGUCUCCUGUUCAGUGCUUUCAAGUCCCAACACUUAAGUGGCUCUAUGUCCCCCAGUCCCUGGAGCCUCUGCCCUGCCUUCGCAUGUCUGUCACAACCAUUUGCUGAAGAGUCAAAACACUUCCUUACACAUUUUUUUUCUUCUGAGCCAGAAAACUACUUUGUGCCAAAGCUAAGUAGGUCUUGCAUUCUGAGAGGCUGGAACUCAGCUUCCAACUCAGCACAUGACUAUCAUGUGGGCUGUCGACUGGCCAGCGCCCUCCUCCCUGGCUACCGCUGCAGAACUGCAAACGCCCUAGAGACAGCUGGCCGGCAGCAGCUUCCUGAUUCACACAGGCAGGGCUGUGGCUUUUCAGCUGCCAGAAGAGCCAUUGCCCAGGCUCGGAGCAAAGUGAGCCCCAUUGUGGCUGUUCACCACCGAGAAGGUGAGCCCCCUGCGUCACUAACAGAGCAAAAGCUUGUUUAGGGCUCUCUGCUGCUUUCAGACCACCGGACAAGGUCUCACUGUGCAGCCCUGAGCAGCCUGGAAUGAAGUUGUGCACCCCCACAGCCAGCUCUGAGGCUGUUCUUCACCAAACCUGAGGAGCAUAGACAUAGUACAUCCCAAACAUCUGAAAACUGUGGGCCCUAAAAUCCCUUUUUAGAUGUGGAAACAGUAUAAUCUCAAGCUGAGGCCAAGAUAGGAGAGAAGGGGAGUAAAGUUAUUUAAACACAGCAAUGUUCUCGGGCAGGAGAGGUGGCUCAGCAGGUGAAGGUAUUUACCACCAAGCCUGAUGACCAGAGUUUAAUUCCCUGGUGAAAGAAAAGAACUGACUCCCAAAAGCUGUCUUUAACUUCCACAUGCUUGCACACACACACCAAAUAAAUGUUAAAAGAAAUAUUCUUUAGAUGACAAUAGAUAGUUUAUAGGUAGGUAGGUAGGUAGGUAGAUAGAUAGAUAAAAGGUAGGUAGGAAGGUAGAUAGAUGGUUUAUAGAUAGUUUACGGAUAGACAGAUAAUAGACAAUAGAUGGAGAGAGAGAGGAGAGAGGAGAGAGAGAGAGAUAUUAAGCUGAACAAGGUCCCAUUCCUUUGGGCAGCAGUGAGAGCAGCAGGCAUCCAUGGUGUGAGCUUGUGACAGCCAAGGGGGAGACUGUAGGAGGCAGACAGGGUUCUUCUAUACCUUAGACACACACAAGUGUCACACACCUAAGUGUCACACACCUGUAGGAGGCAGACAGGGAUUCUCUAUCCCUUACACACACAAGUGUCACACACCAGGCCAGGCACCUCCUGCACAUUAUCUCAUUUAGUUUUCCUAAUUAAAGAUUAUUAUAUGGUAAAGAAUCUAAGACUCAGAGAAGUUGUGUAGAUUGCCUCAGGCCACACAGUCGACGAGUGGCAGAACCAGAAAAGCCUGAAGUCACUCCUGUGUGUGGUGCUGUGUUCUUGACACGCUGGUCUCCAUUGACAAACUGGUCAGCCCCAGUUAAGGCUUUGCCUUUCAGAGGCUUUUCCUGUCCAUAUAGAACAGCGUGGUUUCUGAGCCCGAUAACUCUUUAGUUGUUGGAGGUGGGGCUCAGUUUUUAAACCUAGAGUGACUUUCCUCCUUUCAUUAGUUUUAAAUCCAGAUUAUUUUAAUUAGUACAUUUCAGGGUCCUGACAGUCAGACAGGUUUAUUUACCUGCCUGAGACUGAGAAGCUGGUUGCAGCUUCAGCUGUGAGGGGCAGAGCUGUGAGGUCUAGGGAGGCAGCUGUACAGAGCCUAGCCAUUGGCUGCUCUGCAUGCGGGCUCCGCAGUGCUUCAGCCUGCAGCUCCCGAAGCCUUUGUGGCAUCAAAAGGCCACUUUGAUUCAUCCUCAGCACAGGGUUAACCAGUGACCUUAGCCUCAACAGGCCAGAACCCCAGUCCUGGCUGCUUUUCUGUGACUGUGGAUGCCGGCAAGAUAAGUCACUGUGAGUUUUCUUCAGUCCUUGGGUUGUCAGCAGCAGAGUUGCUGCUAUAGAACACGAGAUGAGCCCCAGCAGCAUCCUCUGGGACACAGCAACAGUGAUGGCCUCUCCACCUCAUCUGCCUUGGGGCCUGUCUGGUGCUUGGCACACAGCCUUCGCUCCUGGCAACGCCUAGUCUUCUGGCACACCCUCUUCCUCUGGAGCAAGCCCUUUCCUAGCCUUCCCUCAACCCCCUCCCAUAAUUCUGUCUUCUUCCAUGGAACUGUUCUGUCUUAAGUCUUUCUGCUCUCUGGAAUGCUCUCUGAGCCCUCCCUGAGUGGUGUGCAUUUGCCCCUGGGCAUGGUCACCAGCGAUGGCUGGCCAGGGCCUGAGUCUCCUUUGCAACUAUGCUCUUCUUGAUUCCCAGUGACUUGCCUACUGCCACCGUGUAAGGCGAGUUUUCGGGAUUUUCUGAGAGGCAGUGGUUCUCCCAGGAAGGCUUCCUGGCUUCAUUCUUUCUUUGUCUUGCAGCCUUCCUCCUCCCCAUCCCAGGAUGCAUCUCCUGUGGCUCCCAGUGGCCACUAGCAAAGCUGAACCCCCUGAAGAAGCACCGUGAGCGCAGAAAGCUGCAGGCCAGCCAUCCCGCCAGUGUGUCUCUGGCUGUUCUCCGGUGUGCCAGGCGGUCUUCACAGCUCACCGCUCUGUGCUCAGGAUCCCCUUUGACCCUUCACUGACCUCAUAGCCAACAGAGUGCCUCUAACUACACUCCUUCCCACCCUUUCUCUCUUCCUAGCCAGAGCGCCCUUGUGUGCCUAGUGGCCUGUGCACUUAGUAGUCUGAACACGGAAGGGGUGAUGAGGGCUUUCAUUGUCCCACAGUCUGCCAGCCCCAGGCGCAUGCCUUUCUCAUGCCCAGCAUGGGACUGGGUGCAGGUCUUCUCCACCUGGAAGCUGCCAUCUAGCUGGACCCUGAUCAUCAGAUACCCAUGCUCCUCCUCACUCCCGAGCUGAGGCCUGGCUCUUCUGGCGUCUCUGGCUUCCUCCCUACACCCACACUUUGGCCUCGGCUGUGGUUUGGUAUCUCAUUAAGGCUCUCACAUCAUCUCCUUACCAGCCCAUCAGUUCUCCCCUCCAUCCCUGCCUCUUCCACUUGAGCCACAGGGGACCCCGCCUCCACACACUCAUCCGCUCACCCCAUGCCUGCUUCCCAUGGCUCCUCGGAAGGUCAGCGCCAUCUGUCAGCAUGUUGGCCACCCUCUUCUCCACUGUGGGUCGUGGGGACUAGCGUGAAUGUGCCUCUCAGUCUCUUGACUUUAGGCCACAUCUCUAGCGUUUGGAUCAGACCUCUAAGCUCAUGGCUGUCUGUGACUGACCCCAGGUGGAUUUCCCCCACCUCAGUCUGAGCCUCAGCCUUCAUAGCUGCCAUGGUCGGUGCUGUCCACUGAGGCUCUUGGUGAUUUCAGGUGAGCUGUAAGCCUCUCUGGUAUGGUAAGGUAAGCAUUCCCUUGCCAGAAGGCAAGCUUGCCCAUCAGGCUUGCUAGCCCCUUGUCUCGGUCUUGUCACCUAACCAAGAGGUUCUUUAACAUAGGAGGAGCUGUCUGCAAACCCUUUGUCAGCUUGUCUUUUUUUCUUAUGCUGGAGAUCAGACCUGAUGCUAACCAUGCGCUCUGCCACCAGUUUGUCUUUUAAGGAUUAAUGUGAAGUAGCCGAGUGUAGAUAGCGGCCCAAGAGCUGUUGCAGGACCAUGAAAAGAAAGACAUGUCAAAUUUGUAGCUCAGAGGUGGAGCCUUGCCUAACUGUGAGGCCCUGGGUUCCAGUACACCGGAGAAACAUAUUUGUUUGCACAUGCAUGUGUGCGCGUGCGCAUACACACACACACACACACACACACACACACACACACACAGCAUGAUGUUACUCUCAGAACUCCAAUAGAAUCUAAAUUCUGGGCCACCUUUCUUGCUGUCUUGCUCCCAGGAAAGAGUGAGCUUUGUGUUCCUAACAAGAGACCUACUGCUUGCAUGUCGACUGAAUAUUGGCCGAGCUCCCACUUUCACAGGUUUUGUUAGUUCCCAGGGUGUAGGUCCAUUAGCCAAGACUGGCAGAGUGUCACAAAGCCUUCGUGCAGUGGGGACACUUCCUGCUGUGCUCAAUUCUGGGCAGGCAGGCUUUAUGUGAGUGCUUGCUUCCAGGAGGGGAGAGGGUUGAGACCAGGAGGGGUGGGGGUGAGACCAGGAUGGGUGGGGGGUGAGACCAGGAGGGGUGGGGGUGAGACUAGGAGUGGAGGUAGAUGAGGCCAGGAAGACCAGGAAUGUGUGAUCUUUAAGCCAUAGGGAGCAGGAGGCCAGCCUGAGCUUCAGUGAGAUGCUGAAGGGAAAGAGGAGAUUGUGGAAAACAGUGUGGAGUUUAGAAUUGGACAGACCUGAACUCAUGGCCUUGUCAUGCCACCAACUAGCUGAGUGACACUGGACAAGCCUCUUUGUGCUUCAGUCUCUGCUUCAUCUGUCAAGUUUUUCACCAUUCAGACCUGUCCUGUAGAGGGGCUGCGGCAGUGAGUUAGUUAGCAGUCAAGAAAGAGUGUUCAAAUCCCAACCCCCAGGCAGAUGCCAUUCUCCGACAAGUUCAUCUUACUGGAAGCAAGGGCCUUUUUGUGUAACUCUCUCUUCAGAGCAUCACUGCUGUAGAUGGUGGAUCAGUCACUUUUCCUUGGGCUCUGUAUUUUACUGCCAUUUGUGAUAGAGCCCUAUAUAGUUAGACAGUAGUUUUUGCUCACAGUUGGACUGCAGGUAUUGUUUUUGUUUUUGUUUUUUGAGAAAGGGCAUCUCUUAAUAUCCCUGGCUGGUCUAGAACUCACUCUGUAGACCAGGCUGGCCUCAAACUCAGAAAUCUGCCUGCCUCUGCCUCCCAGGUUCUGGGAUUAAAGGCGUGCGCCACCACUGCCCGGUUAGGUAUUGUUUUAAACUUAGAGUUUAGAUUCAUCUUUUGACCUGUUCAUAUACUUGUUUAUCAAACAUGCUGAAUGGCUUCUAUGUGCUAAGAGCUAUUGCCUGUCCCUUUGUAAACAAAGGAUACAGUCCUGUGUGUUUGUUCACCUGCUUCCUUGGCCCUGUGACUGCUACUUGUGGUCAGUUCCAAAGGAGAAGGACACGGAGGGCAGGAGAAGGUAGCUAAAGUCAGGGCCAUGUGUGGGACUUUAUUCUGGGAAGGAGGGAGAGAGCCACAUAGGCUCCGUAGGGCAGAUGGAAGUAGCUGGGGAGUAUAGACUGUUCUGUUGAGAAGGUCCCAGAAGAUGGGUUUGGACUCUGGUAGGUCAGGCAGGACACCCAUGGAAAGUAAAACAGAGCAAAGUCCCAUUGAGUGCAGGACUUGACCUUGAAGGACUUGCAGCCCCAAGGAAAGAAUGCAGAAGCCAAGACCAUGAAAGUUGCCUGGCGGCCUGUUCCUGCUGGGACACACCCUGUGCUCUGGCACAGCUUCAGGAGUAACCCCGAGAUGAAUGAAAUGUGCCUGGCCACUCAGCAGCUUUCCAGGCAGCUGCUGGCAUAUGAAAAACAGAAUUUUGCACUGGGCAAAGGCGAUGAAGAAGUAAUUUCAACACUACAUUAUUUUUCCAAAGUGAUGGAUGAGCUCAAUGGUCUCCACACAGAGCUGGCCAAGCAACUGGCAGACACUAUGGUUCUCCCUGUUAUACAGUUUCGAGAGAAGGAUCUCACAGAAGUCAGCACUUUGAAGGAUCUCUUUGGACUUGCCAGCAGCGAGCACGACCUGUCAAUGGCAAAGUAUAGCAGGCUCCCUAAGAAGAAGGAGAACGAGAAGGCGAAGACGGAAAUUGUGAAAGAGGUGGCGGCUGCCCGGCGGAAACAGCACCUCUCAUCCCUUCAGUACUACUGCGCACUCAACGCACUGCAGUACCGCAAGCGGGCGGCCAUGAUGGAACCCUUGAUAGGCUUUGCCCACGGACAGAUCAACUUUUUCAAGAGAGGAGCAGAGAUGUUCUCCAAAAGUAUGGACGGCUUCUUGUCAUCCGUUAAAGACAUGGUUCAGAGCAUUCAGGUGGAACUGGAAGCUGAGGCAGACAAGAUGCGGGUGUCCCAGCAAGAGUUGCUUUCGGUCAGUGAAUCUGUUUACACUCCGGACAUUGAUGUGGCCACAGCGCAGAUCAACAGGAACCUCAUCCAGAAGACUGGUUACCUCAAUCUCAGAAACAAGACCGGACUGGUCACCACCACGUGGGAGAGGCUGUACUUCUUCACCCAAGGCGGGAACCUCAUGUGCCAGCCCCGGGGCGCUGUGGCUGGAGGCUUGAUUCAGGACCUGGACAACUGCUCUGUGAUGGCCGUGGAUUGUGAAGACCGACGAUACUGCUUCCAGAUCUCCACGCCCAGUGGCAAACCGGGAAUAAUUCUCCAAGCAGAGAGCAGGAAGGAAUAUGAAGAGUGGAUAUGUGCAGUAAACAACAUCUCCAGGCAGAUCUACCUGACGGACAACCCAGAGGCAGUAGCCAUCAAGUUGAAUCAGACGGCUCUUCAGGCGGUGACGCCAAUUACAAGCUUUGGGAAGAAACAAGAAAGCUCCUGCUCCAGUCAAAACAUAAAAAAUUCAGACAUAGAAGAUGACAAUAUUGUUCCCAAAGCAACAGCCAGCAUUCCUGAAACAGAGGAACUGAUUGCACCUGGGACACCCAUUCAGUUUGAUAUUGUACUUCCGGCAACAGAAUUCCUUGACCAGAACAGGGGUGGCAGGCGCACCAACCCUUUCGGUGAGACGGAGGAUGGCUCAUUCCCUGAAGCAGAAGACUCUCUUCUGCAGCAGAUGUUCAUCGUUCGGUUUUUGGGAUCAAUGGCAGUUAAGACAGACAGCACGGCUGAAGUGAUUUAUGAGGCAAUGAGACAAGUACUGGCUGCUCGAGCUAUUCACAACAUCUUCCGCAUGACCGAAUCCCAUCUCAUGGUCACCAGUCAAACUCUGAGGUUGAUAGAUCCUCAGACUCAAGUGUCAAGGGCCUGUUUUGAGCUUACCAGUGUCACACAGUUUGCUGCUCAUCAAGAAAACAAAAGACUGGUUGGCUUUGUCAUCCGGGUGCCGGAGUCCACAGGAGAAGAGUCUCUGAGCACAUACAUUUUUGAAAGCAACUCAGAAGGAGAAAAGAUAUGCUAUGCUAUUAAUUUGGGGAAAGAAAUUAUUGAGGUUCAAAAGGAUCCAGAAGCACUGGCUCGAUUAAUGCUGUCUGUACCACUAACCAAUGAUGGAAAGUAUGUACUGUUAAACGAUCAAGCAGAUGACACUGGCGGAAGUCCAAGUGAAAACAGAGGCGCAGAAUCUGAAGCAUAACUCAUUUGGGCAUCGGGGGUCAGAGCACGUGGGAAGGAGAGCCACUCCUUAAGCAGUUUUCAACUUCUCUGCCGUACAGGCACAGUGACCUGAAUUUAGAACACCGACAAUCACGUGCGGAGUGUACCCUUGGAUGCCCUGGCACAGAAACUUGGGAGGGAGACAAUAAGAAAUGGGUGAGAGCGUGCCUACACUCUACAAAUGCUAUUUUAGGUGCUUUGUGGUAAGUCUUUGCUUCAGACUGUUGGGUACCCAGAACGAGAGCUAUAAAAAUGCAUUGUUCACUUUAUUUGGAUAGCAGCGCUUCAGUUCCUAGGAUCCUUUUAUAAAUGGUAAAACCCUGGAUUUACAAUUUGUUAAAUACUAAAUAGUUCCUAUUAAUAUGAUCUAUUUUUGUAUUUUACUUAGUUUUAAGUGCCUGUCAUUCUGAAGAUUAUAUAUUUAUAACCCAAUGGUCUCAUGCCUGGACCUCAUGGCACUGCUAUGCAAUUUGGUCUCAAACAGACAGCAAAGCCUUUACAACAGAACCUUUCUGAACCAGCUUUCAUUCAAAAGCUUCAGGUCCUCUUAGAUGCUUUCUCUGGCUACUCACUGUGAGCAAGGGACAGUUCUACUAGUUCCUGUUUCUUCUGAGCCAGACCUUCCUCAAAGGGACCAAUUAAUUUAAAACUCACUUGAAGCUCAGCUGGCUGUGGGGCUGUCUUUGAAGUUCUGGUUUCUACCUUGAUGUUUCUGGUUCGUGGGGUCCUGGACCAAUCUCCAACCCCUAAUUAUGAAGUAAAGGUCUUGAAAUCAUGCAGCAUAAAUUAAUUGUAACCAUCUUCAACAACCUGUCUUUGUAAUAAUUUAGCAAUAAAAACUGUUUCAUCUCAAA